AUGCAGCUGCCAUGGGGCGGCCGCGACGGUCCGGGAAAUGACACAUUGUUGCCGACAUCCAAUAUCCCAUCCAUCGUAGGAGACAACACCACCUCCAAGGACGGCGAACAUCCACAACGUCCUCGCCAUGUCCGAACUACUUCGGCCGAUGCACGGAAUGUCGCCGAUCAUUUCUCCUAUAUGACCCCAAGCGAAGCUGCAGCGAACUUACGGACCUCUCUCACUCUUGGCCUCACCCCAACCGAAGCCUUGACUAGACUUAGCGAAUAUGGUCCCAACGAAAUUCCUCACGAUCCUCCUGAACCAUUGUGGUUGCGAUUCAUCAAACAAUUCCAGGAGCCCCUUAUUCUGCUUCUCCUCGUAUCGGCCGGCGCUUCGCUCCUCCUAGGAAACACGGAUGAUGCCAUCAGCAUUACUGUGGCGGUGACCAUUGUUGUGGCUGUUGGAUUUGUGCAGGAAUAUCGUUCCGAGAAGUCCAUCGAGGCACUCAACCAUCUUGUACCAAACCAUGCACAUCUGGUUCGAGGUCAGGGCAAGGUGUCACCGAUGGGAAAGAAUGCGAUAUGGCCUCCGCGCGCCGAUGGUGACGAUUCCAUGUCUACCCCUGGCGAUGUUACACCCAUUGGCGACGUCUUGGAUGCGGCUUCUUCUAAAGUCAUGGCUUCACAGCUUGUCCCCGGCGACCUCGUUCUCUUCACCACCGGCGAUCGCAUUCCUGCCGACAUCCGUAUUACCAAAGCUGCCGACCUGACGAUUGACGCAUCGAAUCUUACAGGAGAGACUGAGCCUGUCAGGAUGUCAGCUGAAGCACGAAGCCGUGGGUUUGGUGGUUUUGGUAAGAACCAACUGCCAAGACCUGCGACCCUUGACCCAGCUGAGGCUGAAGAGUCUCACGGAGAUGGUGUUCAGAAUAUUGCAUACAUGGGAACAUUGAUCAAAUCAGGUCAUGGUCAGGGUGUUGUCUUUGCGACUGGCGGACACACUCAUUUUGGUACCAUCGCUACGAGCGUUUCUGGUACUGAAAGCCCGCGUUCUCCACUUCAAUUAUCGAUGGACGAUCUUGGUUCUCAGCUCAGCAAGGCCUCAUUCGUGGUAAUUGGUCUCAUUUCGAUUGUCGGCUGGCUUCAAGGAAAGAAGAUCUUGGAGAUCUUUCAAAUUUCGAUUUCACUUGCUGUUGCUGCCAUUCCGGAAGGCCUGCCCAUUAUUGUAACCGUCACUUUGGCUCUUGGAGUGCAUCGCAUGGCUAGGCACAAUGCGAUUGUUCGAAGGAUGCCCAAGGUCGAGACACUGGGAUCUGUGAAUGUUGUUUGCACUGACAAAACAGGCACUCUUACUACAAAUCAUAUGACAACAAUCCGCAUGUGGUACUUUGGAACUCAAGAUGCAGUUGAUGUUGAGUCUGACAAUGAAGAUGUGGGAUCUACUAUGGAGUCCAACCAAGCCACCCUACGUGUACUCCGUAUAGGCAACAUUGCCAACGAUGCGCGACUCGCACAAAAGUACACUGAGCAUGGUCAGGCUGCCACAGCUGUCCUCUCAUCUACCCUCGGUCGCGAUCAAGUGUCUACUUAUACUCGCUGGGUUGGGCAGCCAACUGAUGUUGCCAUGCUGGACCUCCUUGAUCGCUUCGGGGAGCACGAUGUUAGAGAAUCCAUCGGCCCACGAGUAAGCGAGACACCUUUCAGUUCAGAAAGAAAGUGGAUGGGCGUCACCAUUGGCUCAGAAACAAGAGGCGACAAGGAAUACGCAUAUAUGAAGGGCUCUAUCGAAAAGGUCUUGGCUGCUUGCGACACCUAUCUCGAAAAGGAUGGAAGGGAAAUUGUGCUCGAUUCAUCCCGUCGCCAAGAAGCUCUCCAGGCCGCCGAGGCCAUGGCUGUCCAGGGUUUGCGGGUAUUGGCAUUUGCAAGUGGUUCUGUUUCGCGCACAACAAGGAGCAAGUCUACCGCACGUAGCACCCCUGGUUUUGACCGAAGCGACAGUCCAUCGUCUCAUGCCCCGGAGGAUAUCUACAAAAACUUGACUUUCGCUGGUCUUGUUGGCAUGCGUGAUCCUCCCCGACCUGGAGUUGGCCGUUCAAUCAGACGUCUGAUGCGUGGCGGUGUCAAGGUUAUCAUGAUUACUGGUGACGCUGAAACCACAGCGCUUGCGAUUGGAAAGCAAUUGGGCAUGACCAUUGCGACCCCCAGCGGACAUACAGGCAGCCAGAACACUGUGAAGCCUGUUCUACGUGGUGACCAGGUUGACAGGAUGUCCGAGGCGGAUCUAGCACAGGCCAUGCAGCAUACAACAAUAUUUGCACGAACGAACCCGGAUCACAAGCUGAAGAUCAUUCGGGCCCUUCAGUCAAGGGGCGAUAUCGUCGCCAUGACUGGUGACGGUGUCAAUGAUGCGCCAGCUCUCAAGAAGGCCGAUAUUGGUAUUUCCAUGGGUCGUCACGGAACUGACGUUGCCAAGGAAGCAGCAGAUAUGAUCCUAACGGAUGAUGACUUUUCUACGAUUCUCCGGGCAAUUGAAGAGGGCAAGGGCAUCUUCAACAACAUCCAGAACUUCCUCACCUUCCAACUGAGCACAAGCGCCGCCAGUUUGGCUCUUGUUUUUAUCUGCACCUGCUUUGGCUUCAAGUCUCCUUUGAACGCCAUGCAGAUCCUAUGGAUCAACAUCAUUAUGGAUGGCCCUCCAGCUCAAUCUCUCGGCGUGGAAAAGGUCGACCCUGAUGUGAUGACCAAGCCCCCACGAAGACGAGGAGAUCCCGUACUUACUCGAGCACUUAUUACACGCGUUCUUACGUCGGCUGCCAUUAUCACUUUUGGGACAAUGCUCAUCUACCGUCGUGAGAUGAUGGCUGAUGGACAGGUGACUCGACGAGACACAACCAUGACAUUUACCUGCUUCGUCUUCUUUGACAUGUUCAACGCUUUAAGUUGCCGAUCUGAGUCCAAGUCGAUUCUUCGGGGUGAGGUUGGACUCUUUUCCAACAACCUGUUCAACUGGGCCGUUGCUCUCAGUAUUGCUGGACAGUUGCUUGUGAUCUACUUCCCCUGGCUCCAGGAGGCCUUUCAAACGGAGGCUCUUGGGUUCUUCGAUCUUGUUCGUCUUGUUAUUCUGUGCAGCAUGGUGUUUUGGGCGGAUGAGUUGCGAAAAUAUCUCAACCUUCCAAACGGCAUCUCUCAUAACGAACACCCUGUCGUCGAACCCUCGAUUGCUGUCUCUACCUCGUCCCUUGACAAUGCCACCACCGAGGCCGAGAUUCGCGAUGCGCUUGCCGCUCUCCAUGCCCGCGAAACCUCUAUAACUUCUCGACUCGAUGCCCUUGUUGCCUCGCAAACAGACCUCUCCCGUGACCUGGGCCGACUGGAUCUUCUACGGGCUGGACUUGGAGCCCAGGUCAUCGCCACAAGAUCGAUUGGAAAUGAUAUGCUGGCGACGGCGGCAGACACGGCUGGUAGACUGAGCGACAGAGUAAAAGAGUUGGAUUUGGAGAAGAGCCGAGUCGAAGAAACGCUUGGUGUAGUGGAACAGGUUGCGGAACUCAAGGCAUGUGUUAAUGGCGUGGUCGGUUCUAUGGGCGCACCCCAGGAUUGGGAGGCUGCUGCUGGAUAUAUAUCAAGAGCCAGCAAAAUACCAGAGGAGAUCACAAAGGGGUCAUUCGCUGUUGGCAUAGUACCCAGCGUCGAAGUACCUGACCCACCAUGGGUGACGCUGGAGGAAGCCAAGGAGAGUCUAUGUGGCCUCUUCUUGAGAGAGUUCGAAAAGGCGGCAGAAGAAAGCGACGGAACCAAGGUCACACGGUUCUUCAAACUCUUCCCUUUGAUCAGCCGGGCAGACGUGGGACUGGACGUGUAUGGACGUUACGUGUGUCAAGGUGUGGCUGGAACAGCUCGAGCGACAUUCAAGGAUGCCAUGAACGGCCAACACAGGGAGGGAUUCUUCUACGCAAAUGCUUUGACAAAGCUAUUCGAGCAUAUCGCACAGAUUGUUGAAGGCCACGGUGGACUCGUGGAACGUCACUAUGGCACCGGCAAGAUGGUUCGCGUGAUCGAGCGUUUGCAGAUGGAAGCGGAUGUUCAAGGUGGCAUCGUUGUUGACACCUGGAGUGACGAGAGAGGAAUCGACAGAAAGCUCACUGAUGUCAGGAGCUACCCAUUCUCGUUCCUUGUACAGAGCUUUUUACCCCAGCCGCCUCGUGGUGGCACGCCAAGAGUCAACUCACCUGCCAUUGGAGUAGGUAACAACCCCCGAGAGAGCGAGGACGAGGGUGUAAACAUGAGAGAGGUCGAUGGUCUCCUGAGCGAGAUUGCCGUCAUGCUUGGUCGUUGGUCCCUGUACACUCGAUUUCUCGCUGGUAAAUGCAAGGACGCCGAUGCAUCAGAUGAAGCUCCUCUGGUCAUACCGGAUGUGUUGGUCAAGUCUAACCUGUACCGCAAAGUGUCUACGAAACUCACAGCUCCUUACAAUGUUAUGACCACCUUUUUCUUCCGCCGUUCGGUGGAGAAGGCGUUCCAGCUAGACGAGUAUCCCACUGGCUUGUCAUUAAGCUUGAGUAAACAUAUCGAGGGCAAUGCCCCGUAUAUCAUAUUAGCUGUCGACGAUGUUAUGUACAUUGUGAACACGGUCAUUCAGAAGUCCAUCUCCACAUCACAAAGGGAUGUCAUUGCUUCUGUGGUGCCCACCAUUGGUCGAGUUCUUGGUUCCGACUUUGUGGGCAUGAUUCAACGCAAGAUGCGAGACGAAUCAUAUCCUAGGCCUGUCGUUCAAGGAGGGUUCCCACCUGAAGAUAAGAUCAUCCAGUUCAUCGUUCUCAUCAACAGUCUCGACAUGGCCAACGAGUACUUGACUCGAAUCAUCACGGGUCGCAUAGGGGAGUCGAGUGAGUUUUCAAAUGGCGACGCUCAGAAUGGACCCCUCAAAGAUUCGUUCCCAUUUGAGCGAGACGUUAUCUUCGUGGCGAAUGCUUUGCACACUCUUCAAACAUCUUUCAUCGGCAAGUCAACAGAACUGCUCAACGAAGGUAUUCAAGUACUCUUCAACCAAGUCGUCAAGCUUCGUUUACGGCCGGUUCUUACUGAGACAUUCCGUGAUGCGGACUACACACUAUCUGAAGACGAUAUUGCCGAUAUUGCUCAGCAAAACGAUGAAGAUGAGAAUGAACUUUUGGAACAAGUACCCCGGCUCUUUGAACACGGCUGGGAUCAACUCAUGAAGCCAAUUGCACGCCUAAUGACACCUGGAACAUAUAACACCCUCCUCGACAUUACCGCGCGUUACCUGUCCAAGAUUUGGGAGAAGAAGAUCAUGGGCUACGCAGGACGGACUAAUGCCCUUGGCGCAAUUCGUCUCGAACGCGACUUCAUUGCAUUGGUGGAUGUCGUCUCCCGUGGAGACUAUGGUGUACGAGAAGUGUUUGCCAAGGUCCUGCAACUUCUAGAGGUUGCCAACAUGGAAGACGAUGAAUGGGAUGAAAUCAUGGCACAAGAUGGGGAAGAUGAUGGCUACGAGUGGGUUCUGACUGAAGAAGAGAGGAGGAGGGCAAGAAGCUUGGUUAGAGGCUGA